AUGACACAAACGGAUACAACAGCCAGUCCGUCUCAGAAAUUGAAUCCUCUUGUUCCCAGUGAUUUUAAAUUGGAAGGAUCAUCAUUGCAACGAGUUUGCCUACAAAUGAGGGACAAUCCUGUUUCGCUCAUCACGUUAAGUGCCGACAUGAUGGGGGAGAGAUUCGUCGAGCGCGUGACGUCUGAGUGUACCGACAAAGAGGAUCUCUAUGACCCCGCAAUAUCGCAAGCUCCAGAAGAACACAGAGAAGCAAUCACAACACUCUUCUUUGUUCUUGUGGAGAAAAUAGUUCUGGAAGAGAGAAAACGUAAUCCUGAUAGGGAUCUUGAGGUAGUUUGA